AUUGUCAACCAUAUCCUCAGUUUCAACGCCCAACCCUUUCUCGGAGCUAAAGAAAAGGAAAGAAAGUGAAAGAAAAUUCACAUUUCAAAUACUUCACUUUGUUAUCAUUUUUGGGUACUUUUCAAUUCUAUCGUUCUGGGACUCUUCGAUUUUUUAUUCUUCGAAAAAAGAUUACUAAUAACAUUCAGAAGAACGCGGAACAAAGCGUGAUGAAUUACCAAUCUGCCUCAAGAAACCCGCGUCCCAAAGGGUUCAAGGUUAAGCGAGGCCUUCAAUUCACAUUGCUCUUGGUUUUCUGCAUCUGGUUGUUGUACCAAAUCAAGCACUCGCACGAUAACACAGAGGACAAUGGAAGAAACAUACAAAGGAAGCUCAGUGAAGAACACGGUGCUUCCAUUUUGGGGCGUAAAGGGAAUUUAGGAUUGUCAAGCGGGGAAAGUGACUCUAAUUUUGAAGAUGGAGGUGCUAGAUACGAUGGGUUUGAUAAAAAAACAGACAAUUCUGAAGAAGAAUCUUACCCUAAGGAAGUUGCGAGUAAUGGAGGGGAACAGGAUCAGAAGGAACCAGAAAGAAAAAAUGACAAUUUCCAAAUUUAUGACAACAAGAAGUCGGAUAAUGAAGAAGUUUCUAGAAAGGAAAAUGAAGCGAUCAAGGGAAGUAGUAUUGUUGAAAAGAUGGUUUCGGUGAAUUCAAGUGGAAUUGAUAAUGCCACUAUCUCGGGCCAUAGUAAAAUGGAAGACGGAGGGCAUACCUUCCAUGAUGAGAAUGGUGUUCCACAAGAUGUCAACAACAAUUUGGAAUCCAUGUCGAAUGAGAAAAGUGACGAUAAGAAAGAGUUUUUGCGUCAAAAUGGGCUUUUGAGUUUGAAUGAUCACAAUAAAGUCAAUGAGAGCUUGCACAAGGGAGAAGAAGAAAUGGUUGGAUCUAAAGAGGGAAACAAUGUGACUAAAGGUGAAACGAUAACUAUGUGUCGUUGAAGACUCAAAAAUUGUCAAGGCAGCUGAAGAAGGGAUUAAACCUGUGAAUUGGCAUUUGAGGUGAUGUAUGAAAAGCAUCAAUCGCUCUUGUGCUUCAUAAGAAGGAUGAGAAAGAUGUGUAUAGUCUCGGAUAAUUCUCGUUCUCUCAGCAUGUUUUCACGUGAUUGAGAAGAAAGACUGAAUUCUGAUGUUUUUUCAAAGUACAAGAUGCAUUUCUGCCAUUACUUAUGGCAUUUUAGAAUGUAGUUAAAGUUUGAAUUUUUAUUUAUUUUUUAUGCAUCUUAGACACAGCUGACUUCAA